GUUGGCAGCAGAACAAAAUAAACUUUGUGGGAUACAAACCCUUCCUUCCAAGCGGCUCCUCAGUGCCAAUGGCGUCGCUCGAAUUUUCUUUGGCUUUCUCUGGACUUCUUUUGAUGUGCGCCUUUUAACAUGACAUCAUAAAUAUAUAAGGUGAACAAUAGGCUAUGGUUCUAAAAGUCCCUUGCACAUUUUUUUUAAAAAACUGUCUCAUUUUUUAAUUGCUUUUGCACUUUUUGUUCAAAAUGGCAUUCAGGUCGACCACGAUCUUGGACCUAAAUUUGGACAUUCUUCGCCAGAUCAUCAGAAUGUGCGACAAGUUCACUUUGGCUUCGCUCGCACAGACAUGUCGCCCUUUCGCAAGCUUAAUUCAUAAAACCAUAUCUUUUGAAAAUGCUGCUUGGUACAAUGUAAAUUUCAACUACGACCAUGCUCCACCUGUCUUUAAUCCAAGAGGUGGCGUGCUCAUCGGCCGUAAAUUCUAUUUACCAUUCAUGGCCGCCGAACCCAACUGCUUCGAGCUGGAUAUCAAGAAUUGGAUAUGGAAACGGCAUUCGAUCAGCAUACAAGGCAAUGCUGAAAUCAAGGCUUUUGUAACCACUGCCGUUGCUAUUGGUCCUUUGAUUUACAUGUUCGGAGGUAGAGAAGUCCAGUCAUUCACUCUUUCUAAUACUCUGUACGUAUUGGAUACGCGGAAUUUCCAGUUAAAGCUAAUUGACGACGCCAGCGGCACGCCACCACGACCUCGACACGAACAUAGUGUCGAUGUCAUUUACGACCGCUACGUUGCCAUAUUUGGCGGUUUAUGCUAUCACUCAGUUGGUGAGAAUGAUAUGUUCCUCUAUGAUACUGUCCAAAACGAGUGGCUAGAACCUCAUGUUAUUGGUCGGACGCCUCAUAUUCGAUUUGGACAUGCGUCCACAGUUAUCGAUAACUGCAUAUACGUAUUUGGAGGAUGUCAGAUCGAAAAUGAAUGUAAUCGAAUUUAUGACGAUCUCUACAAAUUCGACUUUAACAAGUCCACUUGGUACAAAUUUGAACAUCCGGAAAUGUUCGAUGCCCGACGCCAUGCCUCAAGGCAGCGGUACGGGACAGAUGAAGCUAUGGACGUAGAUCCUGGCUCACCCAUUUCCACUAGUCCUUCCAUGGACACGGAUUAUCUCAUAUCUACCACUGGAAGCUAUCCGCGGGAUCGGUUCCAAUGUGCUAUGAUCGCUCUAGGUAACAAGUUAGUCAUUUUUGGUGGCCACACACUACGACAGGAUGACGACGACAAUAACGAGCUGUUUGAUUACUCCAUCAACCAAGUUGACAUAUUUGACCCGGAAUGGAACCAUUGGACGAGCCUUGAUGCAACUAGUGAAGCUGGUCCUGUCUAUCCAGCUGAUAUGAGUUAUGGUCUAUACCCUACUGAAAUUGCUCCUAAUGGUUCAGCCUCGAAGGUGUUCGUUGUUGGGCAGCAAAAGCUCUUCGAUACUCCUAACGGUCAAGUGGAUUUUUUGUCCAGUGGAAGCAAUGUUUCCAUACCCGAACAAUUGGACACACCAUCAGCAGAGUCAUAUUUCUCAGUUCCAGUCAACCCGCUGAAUAAUAUGCAUACAUCCGGUACGCUAGCGACUCCGCAAGCGCUAAUGAACGUGGAUGGGCAAGCUGAACAGCUGCCUAUUCUAUCAGAGCCUGGGCGACUGGUUCGAUCGCCAGGUAAUCUCAAACCCGAAGAAAGGUUGGGAGCCCCCCAUAUACAACAAAAGCUUAAUGAAAAAGAUCCACAUGUGAAAAGAAGCAACCCACCUAUUGACAUGUCACCCACCAAUAAGAAUGAUAAAAUUAACCCAAGUCGGCGUUUGCGACCACAAGACGAGGGAGAGCAGGAUACAGAAGUACACCCUCACCAAGAUCCACUUUCCAAGCAAGUCAAAGAGAUAUUUAAGCAAGAAGUUGAUUUAGCUCAUCAAGAUAGCGAUCAUCUUCAGGGCAAUACAGACAAACAUCAAUUGGAACUACCCAGUGCUGCUGAAUCAGUUCCGGCAUCCUCAUCACUACAUAUACCGUCUGCAUCAGGACGAAGAGACGCUGAUGAACACCAUAACAGCAGUGACGAACACAGAGCCUCUUCAGGAAGUGGACAUAGUCAUCGCACAGGCUCAGGUGGACUGGCACUGACAAGUGGUGAUUCAACAGCGUCUGACGGCUGGUAUGGCAAAGACACUCGAAAAUACUCCCUCGAAUCAUUUUGUAUGUUACUAUUACUCAAUACUUGAAUUUAUGUGCAAUAAUUUAGAAGUAAACCCCACCCCCCCCCAAUUGUUUAAUCAUACUCAGCAUUACCAGCAAUAGUCAAUAUUUUGGUACAUCAUCUUGACCCCUUCAAUAAUGUAUUGAAAUAUAAAGUAAAAGCAUUACAAACCUGCGGUUUGUUAUAUCGGCCAAUAGCCAGACACCCUCAAACAAAA